AUGCACCUCAAGGAGCAUCUCACUCUCUUGUCACGUGGCACCAAACCUGUAUAUGAAUAUCUUCAACUCUUGAAGAGCACGACAGAUGAGCUUGCCUUAAUCGAUGUUCCAAUAACUGAGGAUGACUUGACCAUCUAUGCCCUUAAUGAUCUUCGUAUCGACUUCAAGGAGAUUUCUGCAGCAAUCUGCGCCCGAGAAACUGCCAUCAAUUUUGAAGAACUUCACGAUAAGUUUGUUGAUUACGAGGAAACUCUCAAGAGAGAAAGCACCAGUUCUGACACCACUCAAAUCACAGAAAAUUACACUUGA